GGAGUUUUUGCUCUUUUCGUAGAAAUUUUUUUCUUAUAUGAAUGUUAGAAAAAUUGUUUCCCAAUUUUUAUCGGUGCGACGGGAAUAGUUAAAACGUUGAAAGCGUGCAAUUUCUGUUAAAAAUUACACAAAAAUUCCCUUAAAUCGGAAAACGACCAGUCGAAGAGGAAUUGAAUAAAAAUUCAGUGCGGUGUGUGUGUGCGGGUGUAAAUAAGUUUCGAACAGCAGAUAUCAAUCAGAAUAAAAGUUAAAAACAAGCAGCAGAAUGGGUAAUGUUAUGGCAGCAUCUUCGACGCCGAGCAGCGCAGCCGCCUCUUUGGACAAAGCGGCUAAAUUGGGAAUGCCAGAACCAGCAGCUCCCGGCAGCUACACAGGUGCCCAGGCGGUGGAGAAUGUUGUGAAAGAAACUAAAUUAGAUAAUCCAGGAACAGUGGAAGAAUUGCACAAAAAAUGUAAAGAUAUACAGGCCAUGACCUUCGAGGGUGCCAAAGUCAUGUUGAACAAAGGUCUCAGUAAUCACUUCCAAGUAUCGCAUACACUUAACUUGUGCAGCACACAACCCAGUGGCUAUCGUUUUGGUGCCACUUAUGUAGGCACUAAACAAUUCAGUCCCUCUGAAGCCUUUCCAGUUCUGUUGGGUGAUAUUGAUCCAUCGGGUAAUUUGAAUGCCAAUGUUAUUCAUCAAUUCUCACCACGUAUUCGUUGUAAAUUUGCCUCGCAGAUCCAAGAAUCAAAAAUUACCGCCGCCCAAUUGACCACAGAUUAUCGUGGUGAUGAUUUUACUGCAUCAUUGACCGUGGGCAAUCCCAAUAUCUUUAACAAUUCCGGUGUUUUUGUGGGUCACUAUUUGCAAUCGGUGACCCAGAAGAUUGCAUUGGGUGCUGAACUCGCCUAUCAAUAUGGUCCCAAUGUUCCUGGUGGUCAAAUCGCUGUUCUUUCUGCUGUCGGUCGUUAUACUAGCGGCGAUUCAACAUGGUCGGGCACCUUGGGACCCGGUGGCGUACACGUUUGCUACUACCAAAAGGCCAGUGAACAAUUACAAAUUGGUGUGGAAGUCGAAACUAGUCUGAGAAUGCAAGAGUCCGUUGCUACUCUAGGUUAUCAAGUGGACUUGCCCAAAGCUGAUGUUGUGUUCAGAGGCUCCUUUGACUCUAACUGGAAUGUGUGCGGUGUAUUAGAGAAACGUUUGCAGCCAUUGCCAUUUUCAUUUGCUUUAAGUGGACGUUUAAAUCAUACCAAAAAUCAAUUUAGAUUAGGUUGUGGUCUUAUUAUUGGUUAACCUUAAGUACUGAAAACAAAAAAAAACUAAAAAACACUGAAAAGAAACAAACAAAACUAUAAAAUGAUUUCAAUAAUAAUAGGGAAUUGGUUAAAAAUUAUUAACAAAUCAGCAGAAACAAACAAAAUAAAACAAAAACCAAAUAAACUUUAACAAAAUAACAACGUAGAAGAAAAUUGGAAAUAACAAAAUUCUUUGCAAAAAAAAAGACCACCAGCAACCAACGAAUCAAGCUUUCCUUUUUUGCCCAUUGCCUAGAUUCCUUAACACUUGAUUAAAAAAAAGAAAAACUUGCUGCAAACAAGGCCCUCAAAUGGAAAGCUUUUAUUUUCAAAAUUUUCUUAACUUUUGUUUAGAAAAGCAGUAAUUUUAAGAAAUUUGUAUUGACAUAUAUUUAAUUUCUUUACAUUUUCGCUGGAAAUAAAUUCAAACAAUAUAAAUUUCUUAAGAUUAGGAUGCUCCUCAGCAUUGGAGACUUUUAUGUGCAAAACAAAAACCACCCACAAAUAAACUCUUAAGAAGCCAUCAACACCGCCAGUUAUAAUUAUUUAAUUAUUAUUUUUUCUUAUGUACAAUUUUUUUUAAUUGUAAAAUUGCAUUUGUUUAGGUUUAAUGUAAACUUUUGUAUUUCUAAUACUCUUGUCUAAAGAAAACUAAAAAACAACAACUUUCCCCAUUGUGUGUGCUAGUAAUUAUCUAGGUUCCCAGUUCUUCCUUAACUGAAGUAAUCAGGUAUGUGAUGAAAAUCGAUUUCGAAAACGAAAAAAGAUGUGAUGUAUUUAUUGUUUUCGUUUUGUAAAUUGUUUAACCUUUAUCACGUUUCAUGCAUAAAUUCUUUUAAAUUAGUAGCUUUUUGUCAUCUGGGCUUUUGAUUAAAAAAAUAUUCUUUAAAUCGAUCGAAAUUCAUCGCACUUUUUCAAAUUGAUCGAUUUUCAUCACCUACCUGAAUGUCACACUAAUAUUUUUAACAUCUAACAAACAAACAAUGAAACAUGUCCAAAUAAACCUCAUCAUAUUGCUGCAAUUGUGUUAUGUUUUAAUAAAACUAUUGUAAAUUGUAAUAAUUAAAGAAAAUGUUUGAACCAAAA